CCCCCGGCUCCGCCGGCCUCUGCGGAAGGGCCGCGGAAACCCCGUAGGAGCAGGGCGGCCGAGGAGCGCGGCGCGCGGUCGCGCUGCUGCAAUAUUCUUCCGCCGAAAGCAAAGAGUCCCUGACCCACUCCUGAUACAUGGAUCUCCAGGAACGCUGUAAUACCAAGUAAUAGUGAAAUGUGGAUUUUGUCAUCGACUCCCUUAGGGCUUCGCCUCCGGUAACAAACUCCAGGAGUACAAUUUGUGGCUCCCGAAAGGGCGGAUAAGAAAAUUCCUCCGCGAGAAACGGGUUCCGGCCGCGAGCCUAUAAAAAACGGGCGGCGCCGUCCGCCUGUCUUUUCAGUCGGGCGCUGAGUGGGUUUUCGGAUCAUGUCUGGUGGCUCCGCGGAUUACAACAGAGAACAUGGCGGCCCAGAGGGAAUGGACCCCGAUGGUGUCAUCGAGAGCAACUGGAAUGAAAUUGUUGAUAACUUUGAUGAUAUGAAUUUAAAGGAGUCCCUUCUUCGAGGCAUCUAUGCUUACGGUUUUGAGAAGCCUUCAGCUAUUCAGCAGAGAGCUAUUAUCCCUUGUAUUAUAGGGUAUGAUGUGAUUGCUCAAGCUCAGUCAGGUACUGGCAAGACAGCCACAUUUGCUAUUUCCAUCCUGCAACAGUUGGAGAUUGAGUUCAAGGAGACCCAAGCACUAGUAUUGGCCCCCACCAGAGAACUGGCUCAACAGAUCCAAAAGGUAAUUUUGGCUCUUGGAGAUUAUAUGGGAGCAACUUGUCAUGCUUGCAUUGGAGGAACAAAUGUUCGAAAUGAAAUGCAGAAGUUGCAGGCUGAAGCCCCUCAUAUUGUUGUUGGCACUCCAGGGCGAGUGUUUGAUAUGCUAAACAGAAGAUACCUUUCUCCAAAAUGGAUCAAAAUGUUUGUUUUGGAUGAAGCAGAUGAAAUGCUGAGCCGAGGUUUUAAGGAUCAGAUCUAUGAGAUUUUCCAAAAAUUAAAUACAAGCAUUCAGGUUGUGUUGCUUUCUGCCACAAUGCCAACUGAUGUGCUAGAAGUGACCAAGAAAUUCAUGAGAGAUCCAAUUCGAAUUCUGGUGAAGAAGGAAGAAUUGACCCUUGAAGGAAUUAAACAAUUUUAUAUUAAUGUUGAGCGAGAGGACGUGCAACAAGUGUCCUUGGUUAUAAACUACGACCUACCUACCAAUCGUGAAAACUAUAUUCACAGAAUUGGCAGAGGGGGUCGAUUUGGGAGGAAAGGUGUGGCUAUAAACUUUGUUACUGAAGAAGACAAGAGGAUUCUUCGUGACAUUGAGACUUUCUACAAUACUACAGUGGAGGAAAUGCCCAUGAAUGUGGCUGACCUAAUUUAAUUCCUGGGAUGAGAUAGUUUUGAAUGCAGUGCUCGCUGUUGCUGAAUAGGCGAUCACAACGUGCAUUGUGCUUCUUUGAGAAUAUUUGAAUCUUGUCUCAAUGCUCAUAACGGAUCACAAAUACAGAUUCUGAUAGCAAAGCGA